CAGUGGAAGGCGAGUGUGCUGUGAGUUGACAAAAGUGUUCGGUGACCCUGACUUCAGCAAGCAGCAACAAGCAUCUUGAAUCUUUUAGACUGUUUUUAAAGCAAUGUGGGAUUUCUGCCUUCAUCCAGCAAGGAGAUAAAUAAUUCACAGAAGAGUUUGUUGGGUUGCAACCCAUUGAGACCAUUGGACCAUUGGUCACUGGAUCAAAAAGUCAUCAUGGUGCGUAAUGUGGAUGACCUGGACUUUUGCCUGUCCUCUCACUCACAAAGCAUGUUGGAGGGACUACGUUCUCUCUGUUCCCAGCCCAAUCUUGUGGAUGUGACUUUAAGUGCUGGUGGAAGAGACUUCCCUUGCCACCGGGGUAUACUGGCUCUCUGUAGCCUUUACUUUCACUCUAUGUUCUCAGGUGACUUUGUGGAGAGUAUAGCUACACGGGUAGAGCUUCAUGACGUCGAUCCUGACGUGCUUGCCACCCUGCUGGACUUUGCUUACACUGGUAAACUCACCAUCAAUCAGAGAAAUGUGGAGGGCCUGAUAUGCACAUCAAGUCAGCUUCAAUUCCAGACGGUGCGAGCCGUCUGUAGUAGAUACCUGCAGCACCAGAUAGAUGCUAGUAACUGCCUUGGCAUACAAGAGUUUGGAGAAAUUCAUGGUUGUCCUGAGGUAGUGGCUAAAGCCAAAGCAUUUCUUUUGGAGAACUUUGAGGCAGUGCAACAGCAUGAGGAAUUUCUGCUGCUGGAAAAGGAUAAGCUAGUGGCCUGUCUAAAGGAUGAAGGUCUGAAGUUGCGGAAUGAUUCUGCUCGAGUCGAGGCAGCACUUGCCUGGGUCAGACAUUGCAGUGACAGCCGAAUCUGUCACCUGCCUGAACUAAUGAGAAUGGCAAGACUACCUCUUCUGCCUGAAUCCUACCUUAUGGAAAUCCUGUUGAAAGACCCUCUAGUUCACGAAUCCCCAGAAUGCAAAGAACUUCUGGAGGCUGUUUCCAGAGAGAAAAUUAAUAUAACACCAGGCGAGUCAGCGCAGAGUCCUUUCCGAAAUACGCCUCACAACCUACAGGAAGUGUUGUUUGUGAUGGGUGGCCGCUCCCUAGAUGACUCUGAUGAAGAAGAUGAGGAGGAAGAUGGUGAGAGACAGCUCAGGAGUCAUCCUAGGAACUGUGCCUUCUACAACACAAAGCUCCAUCAAUGGCAUCAGCUACCAGAUUUUCCCAACUACAAUAAGUGGGGUUAUUCUAUUGUCUCUUUAAACAAUGAUGUGUAUGUUACAGGAGGCUCAAGAGGUUCCCAGUCCAAUACCUGGUCGACCACAGAGACCUGGAAGUAUAUCACUCGUGAAGGGAGGUGGGUUACAGUAGCACCCAUGCUGAGGCCCAGGACUAACCACUCCUCUGCAGCACUAAAUGGAGAGAUUUAUGUCAUUGGAGGCACAAUGAUGGACACUGUAGAAGUAGAACACUAUGACCCAUACAUUGACAGCUGGGCUCUAACAGCUCCUGCAGUGAAAUAUGUGACCAACUUCACAGCCACUGCAUGUCUGGGGAAACUAUAUGUCAUAGGCUCCUGUGCUGUCAAAUAUAAUGCCCUGACUCUGCAGUGCUACAACCCUGUCAUAGAUGGUUGGAGUAUCGUCUGCUCUCCAUUUAUCCCAAAGUACUUAUCUUCUCCUCGUUCUGUUUCUAUGGAUGGGGUCAUCUAUCUGAUAGCAGACAACACCAAAAAAGUGUAUCUGUAUGACCCAGAUGCUAACAUGUGGCAGAAGGUGCAGUUCCUGCACAAACUCCAUGAGAAUGGAGGUCUGGUGGUUCUGCGAGAGCAGCUCUAUGUGACUGGAGGCCACUGGAAAGGAAUGGAGGGAGAUUACGGUGUGGAAGUGGAGGUGUACAACCGAGCAUCCAACUCCUGGAGGGUGGAGUGUUUCCUUCCCAGGCUAUGGUACUACAGUGGCUGCUGUUCGAUCUUCCUAGACACGUCCCAGUGGCCUGAGCUCUUUCCUGAAGAGACAUAGUGGGAUGCAGAGAUAUGAAGCCUUUCAGUUAUACUGUAAGCUCAACCAGAAUAAGCUUAGCUCAGCUAUACUGACUAGGACUAGAAUUCUCUUUCAGAUAUCAGAAAUGGAUAUUUUUAUUUUUUAUUUUUAAGAUACAGAAAAUGUCUUGCAGUAGAAAAAUGCACCUUCAAAGAAAUAAAGUAGAAAAUUGCAUUUUUCUGGCAUUCUUUUUGUUUUGUAGAUUAUAAUGCUUUGUUUAUUGAUUAUAUAUUUUGUUUUAUUUACAACACUGACCACUGGGAAAGUUGCAACAUAUAUUUCUUAAUCUACAUGAUUUCACAGAAUAGGCUCAGAGACUAGAACAUAUAACUAUAUCUAAUAAUAUUUAAUAUAAAAUGUUUAUUGGCCUGAUCUUAUUGUUGUUGCAGAGGUCCAAAAUGCAAGCCAUGUAAGCCUCUUAGUAACAGCAAGUUUGUCAUGAAAUUGUCAUUUUAGCCAUGUAGAAGUAUACAAUCGAAUAGAACCAUGUUCUCUUAGCCUUUGGUGUGAAGCCUUUCAAGUGCAAAACUUGACAAUACAAUACACCAUAUAAUAAAUACAAAAAUGAGGACAGAUGGUGAAUUCAGACAUUGCAGGCAAUGCAGUAGUUACAACACAGGACUUUAAAUACAUGUCCUUGUAUGUGGUGUGUAAUGAGAAAAGUAUUAUCACCACUAGCUGCAUAUAUGUUAAAGAAGUUUAUUUUUAUUAGUUAUUAUUGGAUAUAAUGUAGUACAGUCCAUGUUGGAAAAUUCAGCUUGUUCUGACCAGCUAGCACAAUUUAAAAACACAAUUUAAGCCUUCCACAUUGUUAGACCAUAUUGUACCAGUUGUUAGACACAACAUGAAUGCUGGUUGUCAGGGAUUACUUGCAAACACAGAAGCAAUUAUUCUCCAAGAUGCUUAGAAAAACUUGUACUCUGUCACACUAAAUAUUAUUUUUUUUAGUGCUGUUUAUUGCUUUUUAUGUAGAAAAUGCUUUAUUGCUUUGCUUUUGAAGGCAUCUUUGUUUUACAGCAUUUGUGUGAUAUACACACACUAUAUAAUGCACCUGCUGUAUAUACAAUAUACAUAUAUUGCACUGCAUAUACUUUUUAUGUCAUUAAUCUUUGUGCUUGAUAUAAUAUGUACUCCGGAUAAUUCGUUUUUCUUUCAUAAAACUAUUGUUUUAUAUUUAAGAUUUUGCCUGGCCUUUAACAUUUGUUUAUUGUU